AUGGCUGCACGCCGCUCACUUCUUCGUGCUAUCCCCGCAUUGUCAGCCAGACGAGCACCCCAGAUUGUCUCUGCUUCCACCUCCACCGCAGCCUCUCUCAGAAUGUCGCCAAAUGAGCAGAUUGCGAAGCGGCGGCUUCAUGCCACGACCCGCCAUCUGGCUGCUCCCAGUGCUGUGGUCGCGGACUAUCCUACGACCCACGAACAAAUCACCAAUGUCGUCGAUACCCACAAUUUCCUCGACAACCAAUUUGUUCCCUCCAAAACGUCCGCCUGGAUCGACCUCCAUGACCCCGCCACGAACAACCUUGUUACUCGAGUUCCUCAAUCCACCGACGCUGAGUUGAAAGCUGCCGUUGAGUCGAGCCAAAAGGCAUUCCCAAAAUGGCGAGCCACCUCCAUCAUAAGUAAACAACAAAUCAUCUUCAAGUUGACCCAUUUAAUCCGGCAAAACAUGGACCGUCUAGCGGCAUCCAUUACUCUGGAACAAGGAAAAACAUUUGCAGAUGCAAAGGGAGACGUGCUUCGUGGACUGCAGGUCUGCGAGACCGCUUGCGGUAUCACCACACAACUCACCGGCGAGGUUAUUGAAGUGGCCAAAGACAUGGAAACUCGCUCAUACCGUGAGCCCUUGGGUGUGGUUGCUGCCAUCUGCCCCUUCAACUUCCCCGCCAUGAUUCCUCUCUGGAGUAUUCCCCUGGCCACAGUGACCGGCAAUUGCUUGAUCUUGAAACCCAGCGAGCGAGACCCGGGUGCCGCCAUGAUCCUAGCUGAACUCUGCAAGGAGGCCGGAUUCCCCGACGGUGUCAUCAACGUCGUCCACGGCGCAGCCAAGACCGUUGACUUCAUCAUCGACGAGCCCGCCAUCAAGGCCAUUUCCUUCGUUGGUUCAAACCGUGCUGGUGAAUACAUCUACACCCGAGGCUCCGCUCAGGGUAAACGUGUGCAAGCCAACUUGGGUGCAAAGAACCACGCCGCUGUCCUGCCCGACUGCAAUAAGAACCACGCACUCAACGCCAUCGCGGGAGCCGCUUUCGGUGCUGCCGGUCAACGUUGCAUGGCUCUGAGCACUCUCGUCAUGGUCGGCGAGACCAAGGAGUGGCUUCCCGAACUCGCUGAACGAGCCAAGAAUCUUACCAUGAACGGUGGAUUUGAAGAGGGCGCUGAUCUUGGCCCAUUGAUCAGUCCGCAGAGCAAGAAGCGCGUUGAAGACCUGAUUCAAAGCGCCCAGGACGAAGGCGCCACUAUCCUCCUUGACGGCCGAGGCCAGAAGCCGGCCAAGUAUCCUCAUGGUAAUUGGGUCGGCCCAACCAUCAUCACCAAUGUCAAACCACACAUGAAAUGCUACACGGAAGAAAUCUUCGGUCCAGUUCUGGUAUGCUUGAACGUUGGCACCACCGAAGAAGCCAUCAACCUUAUCAACGCGAACCCCUACGGCAACGGCGCCGCCGUCUUCACCCGCUCCGGCCCCACUGCCUCGCUAUUUCAGAAGGAUCUCGAGGCCGGUCAGAUCGGCAUCAACGUCCCCAUCCCCGUGCCUUUACCCAUGUUCAGCUUCACCGGCAACAAGAAGAGUGUCGCGGGAACGGGCAUGUCGAAUUUCUACGGCAAGGAUGGGCUCCGCUUCUACACGCAGUGGAAGACCGUCACCAGUCUCUGGCGCGCGGAGGAUGCUGUCGCUACGGAGAAGCAGGUCGCCAUGCCGACUCAUUCGUGA